GAUGGUUUAUCCACGUUGUCUGCCUAAAAAGCGAAGAUUUUAAAAAUACUUUCUUGAAAUUUGGAUGGAAGAUGAGUUAGUCAGGAAAUAAAGCGAUGUCAUCAGCCGUUAUAAACUGCAAAGCCACGCACAGACAAGAAAAGGAAGAAGAUCAAAGUGGAGUACAGAGCUGGCGUAAACUAAUAAAUGGAGUUCUGAAAUCACCCAUCUUUUUUUCUUUUCAAGUUUGAACAUAAACAGCACCAGAAAGGACUCAUUGGGCAGAAUUAUUUUCACGAAUUCCAUCACAUAUAAUCUUGUGUUGAAUUAGUUAUGGAUGCUUUCAAGCGCUGCUUUGGCUUGAAGAAAGUUAGACACAAACCUGGGUAUGAAGAGCCUAUCGCUCUUGCUUCUGAAACACAUUUUGCUGUGAAUGAAGUAGAAGCUCUGUAUGAUCUGUUCAAGAAGUUAAGCAGCUCCAUAAUUGACGAUGGUCUGAUUCACAAGGAGGAAUUCCAGCUUGCACUUUUUAAAAACAGCAGUAAACAGAAUCUCUUUGCCGAUAGAGUAUUUCAUUUAUUCGAUGUUAAAUGUAACAGGGUUAUUGAAUUUGGAGAGUUCGUUCGGUCUUUAAGUGUCUUCCAUCCAAGUGCUCCCGAAGCAGAUAAAAUUGCAUUCUUAUUUAGAUUGUAUGACCUACGACAGACUGGCUACAUUGAGAGUGAAGAGAUGAAAGAGAUGGUAUUGGCUUUGCUUAGUGAAUUAGAUCUGUCACUCUCCAAUGAUAUGGUGGAAUUGAUUGUGGAAAAGACAAUGAUGGAGGCAGAUUCAAAAGGAGAUGGGAAGAUUGAUGAAGAAGAAUGGAGGGAAUUUGUGAAAAAGAAUCCAUCUGUCAUGAAGAACAUGACUCUUCCGUAUUUGAAGGAAUUAACCCUUGCAUUUCCCAGCUUUGUACUGAACACUUGAAGUCCCAGAUUAGGAGUAACAGAUGAAGAAGACAGACUUGAAUUUUCUUUUCAACAUGCUAGAAAAUUUGAGCAAAAUCUCUUAUGGAGAACAAGGGGGUGUUUGUGGUUACCUUCGAAGGGGCAUCAAGAGGAUGGAAAGACAGUAGGAUCCAUAGUUCUGUUUGCAACUUAUAAAUACAUUCUGUUUUGUCAUGCUGGAUUCAAUCAAAUGUUUUUUAUAUCUAUAAUUCAAAAUUUUUUUUCUUUUCCUUUUUUGAACCCAAGUGACUGGUUCCCGCUCAUUGUUUGCUCUUAGAUAAUCAAAUGUGAAAUGGAAAUAUGAUAUAGUAGCAUCAACAGAAUUAGAUGAAUUAUAUAUGUUACAUUC